ACGUCAGAUUCAUUAAAUGUUUACCAAAUACUUCUAAUUUAUCCUACAUUACUGCUCUGUUGUAUAACACAAACAUUAAAAUGAUUAACUUCAUCAAGUUGUCCUCACAGUUACCGAAAAAUAUUGACUUAGUAAAGUUCCGUUAUGCCUCAUGCGUAAUAGUUAGAUCAUUCAGUGACGCAAAGAAUCCUUCAGAGACCGGCGAAGGUCAUGCUCAGCAGGAGCAGUUGGAACCGCCCAAGUUGGGUGGAUUCGCGAAAGCAUUUCAGAAACAUACCUCACCAAAAACUGAUACUGCAGUUAGUGAACCAUCGAAACCAUUUUCCACAUUACUGAGACAGUCUAAGUUCAUUGACUUGGGAGAUCCGGAGAACAGGAUAGUCGUCGGGAAAAUAUUUCAUGUUGUAGAGGACGAUCUAUACAUCGAUUUCGGCUGGAAGUUCCAUUGUGUUUGCACAAGACCAACGAAAAAUGCGGAAGAAUAUGUCCGCGGGGCUCGGGUUCGAUUGCGCGUCCGUGAUUUGGAGCUUUCAACACGAUUUCUUGGAUCCGACAAAGAUUUGACAUUAUUAGAAGCGGAUUGUCAAUUAUUGGGUAUCAUUUCAUCUCCGGUCAGAGGUAAACGAACACGAGUAGAGGAGGAGCGAACGCAAUCGUAAGUUUCAAAGUUUACUGUAAAUAUAGGGCAUUUUAAAUACCAGA